CAAGAACUUGCCCAAACAAAACUUUUUCGCAUUAUCUCUUAGUCAGUAAGAUCGCGAGUAUCUUUCGAUGAACAGCAGUUAAAAUAUAUGAAUAUAACGGGUAUCGUGAAAACGUUGGGAUUACUGGAAUUAUAUGCAUUAUAUGCUUUACUAAGUUAGCGUUAUUAUACAGGAAGUAUGCUAUGAAACAGUGUUGGAAUUAUUAUUUUCAAUUCAGAAUGAGCGUUCUAAAAUCGGUUUCCUUUUUCAUCUGUGCCCUCUCCCUUGUGGUGGCUGUGAAACCAAAUGUGAGAACCUUAAGAUCUACGGACAGGAACAGGCUAACCCGGGAGAUAUAUUGCAGAGAGAAUCUGGAGUACCCGCACAAGAGCUUGUGCUGUCUGAACUGUCCUGCUGGUCAGCAUGUUAAAAGUUCUUGUGAAAGAGCUGGAGAGAGGGGGAUAUGUUCGGCCUGUGAAUAUGGCACAUUCACAGAGCACCCGAACGGACUGGACCGAUGCUUCCUGUGUACAAAAUGCCGUAAAGACCAGGAAGUGACUGGAGUUUGCACCAGCACCAAGGACACGGAGUGCCAGUGUAAAGCAGGCACAUUCUGUGGGACUGAACAAGCCUGUGAAGUGUGCAAGAAGUGCACUAAAUGUAAAGAGGACGAGGAAGUGGUGAGAAACUGCACCACCACAUCCAAUUCCGUCUGCCAGAAAAAGCCGCCCUCCAGCAACUCGGGUAGCACAUCUCCAGUGGUUGCUUCUGUGAUCGUGCCUCUUCUGCUGUUUGUCUUGUUGGUCAUCGCUGUGGCCAUUGGUUUCUUCUAUCAGAAGCGAGCAUUAAAAAAACCAACAGAGAACUGCAGCCACCCUGAUGAAGAGGUGAACAUUCACGUGGAUGAAGACUGUGAGAGGACGAUGGAGGAGCAGCAGAACAGACAGAACGCAGGACGGGAGGAGCCCGAGCAGCAGCCCUUCCUGCAGGGGAUUAUGUUGGUGGGUGCACAGCCUUCUGCCACGGACGAGGAGGACAAGGGCCUGGGCGACAGCCUCCCCAACACCACCAGCUCUUCCCAAACGAGUCUGAGCACUCAGCCCACAGCCCUGCCCUCCAAGUCCCCCAACCCCAGCCCCAAGACACAGAGGCAACCUAUCAUUAGGGAGAAUGGCUGUUGUAGAAGACUUAUUCCUGUCAAUGGGGAAGAUUCUUUGUUGAAAGCCUUUGACAUUAUUGAGAAGAAUCUGAACUGCAUCUACCGCAACAGGUUCUUCAGACUUAUCGGAUUGAGCGACAACACCAUAAACAAUCCAGAAUUUAGCUUUUCUGGAGAUAGAGUGUAUAAACUCCUGAAAUCCUGGAUGGAAAAGGAGGGCCUUAAAGCUGAUAUAAAUGAUCUCAUUCAGGCACUGCUGCAGCUAGAUCAAAGGUAUUCUGCUGAAAUUGUUAUUCAAGAAGUCAUUGAUCAUGGAUAUUUUAGAUUUCAGGAUGAGAGUUGAUGUGCCUUUAACAUCAAUGGAAAAUAAUAUAAAUAAUGAAUAAUGGGCAAUACAUUAAAAAAAAUAAAAUAAAGCCUUUCUGGAGUAGGGCUUCAACCCUGGGUAUAUGCUCUCGGUGAAAGAAGGGAAGUAUAUUGGCCUUUCAGAAGGUCUCAGACUCUGUAGGCCAGUACUGUGUGAUUUGAGCCUAAACAUCUCUGUACUGAACAUACUUGAUUUCCCUGUGUGUCAACACUCCAGGAAUCUGAAGAUAAAGGAGGCGUACAUGGUUUUUUAAAAUCACUGUUGGUGUGGCCUUGAACAAAGUUUCAUAUGCCUCUGUGUUUGUGACCUCUCUGUUCUGGAGAGAGCGAUGGCGGGAGGCAUAUUCGUACCACUCUGGAUAGUACCUUCUGUUUUUCCAGGGCCAUGAGUUUAUUAGUGAAUGUUGUAUUUAUUAUGAAUAGUACCCCAUUUUCCUUGAAUUUAAGGGCAUGCACAACUUGUGAAUGGGUUUUUUGUAAUGUUGAGGGUCUGCAGACUGGCUUUUUCAUGCAGUAUUUAAACAAACGAGAACAGAAGCCAGAUUGUAACUGGCACAGAAACUGACCCCUGUCCUCUGGCUGAGGUAGUUUACUCCUCCCUGUGGAGAGAUCUCUGAAAAGGAACUGUGGAGAUAGUGUGUCCUCGUUUGCAAAGUUUCUUUGACUGAUAGUGGGUAUCGGAUUCUUUGUGCCCCCUCAUUCAAUGCUAACAAGGACAAACCUAUUUUUCCCCCGUGACCAUUGAGAGAGAAACAUGAAAGUGCUUUAUGACGACUUGGCAGAACGUCAGUCUGUACAGCACUAGAUUGUAUUAUGAAAAUAAUAGAUUUUUUUUAAUUUGGUAAAAGUAGGUCAUUUUUUCCCCCCAUUUUUCUUUUUGAUUGUACCAUCAGACAUUCUGCAACACUGGCCUGCAUUUAAUUAAAUGCUGGCAGUGUUAUGCAUUUUCAUAGAUUAGCACAUGAAAGACCCAGUGUGUGUUACUCAGGUACUUGGAAUGUUGAAUGUGUCUGUCACUUUGCUUUUAUAUCUGCUUAAAAUGUGCUUGAAAAAAUGGAAUAAGGUUGGAUGGCUAUUUUCCCAAUGCCAGUCAGAAUUGUUCAGGUCAUUUUUCCCCCCUGUAUACUCCUUGCUAGUAUUUUCAAACAAAAUUACACUGGUAUCUAUAAAGUGCACAAUUGCUCAGUUUACAUAUGAGUAUUCAACUUCUUGUGCCUUUUCAGUAAAAUGUAACCGCAAAGACAAGAAGAAACAACUGUUCUGUAACUGUUUUGUAAUCUGCGAUUGUUGCACUUUGACCCAACAUGCAAUUCUAAAAGCAUGCUUGUAAAUGUUACAGACCAGCUCAUUAAUAGGUUGUCACGGUCAAGCUAGCUGUUGGACAUGCAGUUGGCUAACAGACAUCA